GCUCUCCCUCCUCUUCUCCUUCUUCUCCUUCUUCUCCUUCUUCUUCUUCCUCUCUCCUUCAUCUCUCUCUCACUCUCCUUUCUCAGUUACUGUCUUCAUUCUUACCACCGUUCAUCCUCCAUGAUGACGACAGAGGAAGCCCCAACUUCGCCUAUUCAGGCACCAAACUCUCCUACUCGCUACAGCAAGCACAUUGUCCUCACCACUUACCCCGGCCAAAGCGGAGUCGACCCUGUCCCCCUGACCUGGGGCGCCCCCGAUGCCAAAUCCCGUGGCCCCGUCGUCGUCUCUCGCAGCGGCCCAUUGCUCAAACGACGCAACGCAAUGGGCGCCCAUGGAGGCAGCUACAGCAUCUACAACGCUCUAGCCAUCGCCGCCGGAGACCUCCCCCCGGAUUUCCGCCCGGACUUCCGCAACAGCGAGCCUACAUUUAACUUCCCCUGGCAGCCUGCGUGGGCGGACAAGAAGAAGAUUGUCUCGAUGGAUCCGUAUGGUCAUGAUAUUGUUAACCAGUUUCGGGAGGAGUUGGAUGCUGGUUGGGAUAUCAGGCCUACUAUGGCGAUUACGAGGGCGAAUAUGAAACUGGCGGAGAUUGAGGAGGCGGUGAGGAAAGGAGAUCUUGAGGUAGAUGGGAAUAUUGUUGUUGAUGAAAGUGGUGAGGUGCGUGUUACUAAGGUUGCCGUUGAGCCGGUUUGGUAUUUGCCUGGCGUUGCGGAGCGGUUUGGGGUUGAUGAGGGCACGCUGCGUCGGACACUGUUUGAGCACACUGGUGGCAGUUACCCAGAAUUGAUUACUCGACCGGAUCUGAAGGUCUUCCUCCCGCCAAUUGGUGGACAGACGGUUUACAUUUUCGGCCCUCCGGAGAGGGUGUCUGAUGAGAACGUGAGAUUGGCACUGCGGAUUCACGACGAGUGCAACGGCAGUGAUGUCUUCCAGUCAGAUAUCUGUACCUGUCGGCCAUACCUUGCCUUUGGAAUUCGUGAGGCAAUCCGCGAGGCACAGAAUGGAGGCAGUGGUGUCGUGAUUUACUUCCGGAAGGAGGGACGAGCCCUAGGAGAAGUGAUCAAGUACUUGGUGUACAAUGCUCGCAAACGGGGUGGCGACACUGCCGAUAAGUACUUUACUCGGACGGAGAACAUUGCUGGAGUUAGAGAUAUGCGCUUCCAAGCUCUGAUGCCAGACAUCCUGCACUGGCUCGGUAUCAAGAAAAUCGACCGCAUGCUCUCCAUGUCGAACAUGAAACAUGAUGCCAUCGUACAGACAGGAAUCGAGAUUGUCGAACGUAUCCCCAUCCCCGAGGAAAUGAUCCCCAGUGACUCGCGGGUAGAAAUUGACGCGAAGAUCAACGCGGGCUACUUCACAACGGGCAAACAGCAUACGAUGGAGGAUCUGGCAAACGUGCGUGGACGUGGUUGGGAGAAGUGGGAGGAUGUUACUCAUUAAUACUAUCUGUUGGAAUGUUUACAUCCCAAGAACUCUAUAACUUUAUGUUAGAAUAACGAUGAACCUAUAGCGUGAUUUGAUUAUAUAACUCUGGGCAUGUGUGUGGUAGAUUUUAAUGAAUGAAAUGAAGGAUUGCACCUGAAUAUGGAGUAAUAUAGCAUGUCGGUCCGUCGUCCAACAUGUUUUCCCUUGCUCAUUAGCAGAGCAAUAAAGGUGUUCGUAUUCAUAAAGCGGC